AUGGGAAGAAGCAGACAGAAGAUGGCUGUUCUCGUCGGAUGGCUCGCGUACUGUGGGGCCGGCGCCGGCAAGGUGUUCAUAUCCGACCCAGCCAGCUUUACCAAUCUUUUCAUUGGUACUACCAAUGGGGGUCAUGUAUUUCCAGGCGCCACGCUUCCACAUGGAAUGGUCAAGGCCGGGAUGGAUACAGACUCGCCGGGUAACCAUGCAGGAUAUGACGCAGACCCCCAGUUUAAUGUGACUGGAUUCUCUCAACUUCACGACAGCGGGACAGGUGGGGCCGUACCCCUGUCAAAUUUCAAGAUUUUCCCAUUCGCUGAGUGUUCAUCAUUUGACAAAUGUGCUACCUCGCUCGAUGGAAGGAAGACGCGACGAAAGAUCUUGGGUAACGGAUCUCCGGAUGAUUUCGCUUCACCAGGAUAUUUUGCUACCAACCUCUCGACGGACAUUCGUGUUGAACUAACUGCUACCCGACGUACGGCUCUACACCGAUAUACCUUCCCACCGUCCUCUGUUCGCCCUCGUAUCGCCGUGGACAUCACGAACGAUGGUCAGCGAAGUAGCACCAAUCCAUCCAUGGUGCUCGACCCCGAGACGGCCCGUGUCAAGGGUGGCGCAUCAUUCGCGGCAUCAUUCGGACCAGGUCGCUACAGUGCCUUCACAUGUGUGGACUUCAAAGGAGAGGGCUUCGAUUUACGGAAACCAAUGGAAUUCGGAGCUUGGUUAUCCGAUUUCCCAGUGCAGGGGAUGACCGAUCUUCGCCAGUUGUACACUAGCUUUGUCGACCAGCUGGGUGCCCUCUUUACUUUCUCCCAGCCCUCGGACAGCCGACCAACCAUCAUUCUCGUCCGCGUUGGCGUCUCUCUGAUUUCUGCUGAUCAAGCGUGCGCGAACGCCGAAGAGGAAGUUCCUGAUUUCGAUUUCGAAGGUGUUCAUCGGGCAGCGCGGCAGGCUUGGAACGAUCUUCUGGGGAGAGUGCAGGUUGAUCCGACCGGAGUGGAUACAGAGACAGUGUCGCUGUUCUACUCUUCGCUGUAUCGCUCUCAUAUCUCUCCUGCUGAUUAUACUGGCGAGAAUCCCAAAUGGAAUUCCACCGAACCGUAUUACGACUCUUUCUACUGCAACUGGGAUACCUAUCGCACUCUAUAUCCACUCAUGUCACUUCAUGACCCCGCCACGUUUGCGCGCAUUGUCAGAGGUAUGAUUGAUAUCCAAAGGAACGAAGGUUGGCUGCCUGAGUGUCGUGGGGCUACGGCAAUGCAUUUUAUCCAAGGUGGUAGCAAUGCCGAUCCUAUACUUGGAGAAUUCUUCGUGAAGUUCAGUGACCAUGCUGCUGCGCUCAACGUGUCUGCAACGGACCUUUAUACUGCGCUACUCGCGGACGCAGAGACGCAACCACCUAAUUGGAACCUUCAAGGGCGACAAGCAGAUGUAUGGAAGCGUUUGAACUUCAUACCGCACGAUAUGUUCGACGGGGGUGGUGCGAACUCGAAGCAAGUAUCGCGCACGUUAGAGCACGCUUUCAAUGAUUUCGCUAUCUCCCAAGUCGCGAAGACACUUGGGAAGGUUAAUGAUGGGCGCAAAUACGCCCAACGCGCUGGAAACUUUGGGAAUGUCUGGAAUCCCAACAUCACUGUCCCGGAUGGCCCCGCCUCCGUUCUGGGUAUGAUGCAGCCUCGGUUCGCGAAUGGAACAUUCAAUUUUACAGACCCCAGGCACUGCAGCAUCCACGAUCCGGCUCAUGCGACUUGCUUCCUGAAUGCUGCCAAUCGAGAUGGUUUCUACGAGGGUUCUCCAAUCAUCUACUCACAGUACGUCCCUCACGACACGGCGAAAUUGAUCCAGCUUCAAGGCGGUGUCGAAAACUUCGUAUCGCGCCUCAAUUUUAUUUUCGAUCAGUCUGGCCUCUAUUCCAACAAUAAGGAAUACUUUGAGUCUACGGACGAGCCAUCGCAACAAAUGCCGUUCAUGUUCCAUUAUGCAAAUCGACCUGGGCUCAGCACGCAGAAGUCGAGGCAAGUUAUCGCGCAAUUUUUCAAUACAUCAGUCAAUGGUCUACCCGGAAACGACGGUGCGAUGGGUAGUUAUGCUGCAUUCUAUCUUGCAGGGAUGUACCCCCUCCCGGCGACCAAACAGUUUCUUCUUUCCUCGCCAUUCUUCCCGCAAAUCUCAUUCUUCAAUCCCGUAUUUGGUACAACUACAACCAUCAAGUCGAAAGGUUUCGCUGGAAAUCCUGCCAGUGGGACUGGUAAAGUCUUCGUGAAGGGCGUCACAGUGGAUGGACGACCUUACAAGUCGAAUUGCUUCCUCGAUUGGGAUGUCUUUGUUAAGGGAUCCUCGGUGGAGUUAACGCUGACUGAUGACAUCAACGUAACGUGUGGUAAGGGGAGAGCAGCCUUGCCACCGUCGCUUUCCACUGGUGGCUAUGAUUAA